GGUCUACACCUGUCGUAUUCGGCGCACGUGACACACUUUGAUUUGAUUUGAUGUGCUCACUGCUCAUUGUUUGCCUGUGUUGUUAUUGUAAUCGUUUUUAAUUACCUGCCCAGGGACUGCGGCUGAAGAGUAGUCGAUUCAUGUGCACUGUCCUUGUAAAAAUCAACUCAAAACCCUCAUUUCAAUGGCAGAAAAAUCCCUGUCUCCUUUUAAAAAGAAUGUAAUUGUGAAUUGGUUUCAGUGAUGAGGCGAGGGGUGAAGUAUGUGUAUUGGCCAAAUGAUUAGCACUCAUGUCUCUCUCAAACACAAAAGACUGUCGGACACAAACGGUUACUAGAUUGCUUUGAUCAGUGUGGGUCCUCUCCAAAGACCCUUGAGAAAUGAGCUCAUCACACCGUUGUCCUCCCCCGCUGCCUGGUACCCGCUCUAACUCUGUCAAAUAAAGGGGUUUCGUCUGGACAAUGUCAUGCAUUACAUUCAGUUCACUGUGGUAGAGAGUGCAAAGUAGGAUUGCAAUACAGAUAAGUGCUGCACUCGGAGGAAGCAAGGCAGUUGAGAGAGGUCUAUGAACGAAUGUUACAGUUACCCUUUCUGUCCCAAGAGAUGUUUUCCCUCUUUUUCUUUGCUUUGUUUCUUCAGCCUGUUGGUUGGGUUUCAAUCUCAAACCAGAGAGAAAAACAGAAAGAGUGAAUUGACUUGUAGAGGCCCAGUACAAGACCAACUGUAUAUCCCAGUCCGAGAUACAAGUUGACAUAAAGAACAAGAGGAAGAAAAAGUCCAAUGUCCAAUGUGUUCACAUUUGUAGCACAUAGAUGUGUCUGCUUUGCUCAUCAAGUACGACGUAUGCGUGAACGCCACAGAUAAGUAGGCGUUCACCCCAGUGCACGAGGUGGCACAGAAAGGGACGAACCCAGCUAUGUGCCCUGCUAUUGGCUCAUGGGGCCAACCCCGCCCUCCACAACCAGGAAGGCUAGUCACUACUGGACCUCGUCAAGGUAAGCAUCCUCACACGCUUGCUAUUCUGAACUCGCACUGAUUAAAAAAUAUAUAUUCCUUGCCGUUGAAAUUUACAAAGAAUAGUCCUCUAUCCAUAGUUUGGGGAAUUUUCUAUGCUCCCUAACGGUCUAGCUUUCAUUUCGGUGAUUAUUAUCGAGCUGGAAACAGUGAAGAAACUAUAUGUAUAUAGAUCUAUUAUCAUUUCUACCGUUUCAAUUUGGUUUUAGUCAUUUUAAAGGUUAUUGGGUUUGUUUCUUCCCCCACUUCGCGGACCAGAUCAGUCCUGCGGGGUGUAUGUUUGACACUCCUGGGUUACGUUGUCUGUCACCCUCACAGAUAGCCACCACACUCACCUGCAAUAUGGAUGCAGAUAUACAAAAAUGAAUACUAUAUACUAUAUGAAUUAAACAAAAGUUAUUCAAAGUAUACAUUUCUAAAGUUACAAUAGAUUGCCAUAGAUGUUCUGUUAAUUACCAAAAUUACUAAAGAAUCCGGUAACUUUGUUAAAUUAAAGGUAGCUUUGCAACCCUAAUCAUGCCCUCUUUCUGAAAAGACGAGAGGACCUGUCUCUGUGCCUGGCAAAUAAAUUCCUGGAAUGUGCUCUCAAUUUCAUUACACAUUGAUAAAUGACUUGAAUGGACUGUAUGCAUGUCAUGGGUUAGCUCAUAUAGAGGAAUGUAGCCUUAUUCAUACUCAUGGGUCGUUGAGGCGUUGGCAUCAAUCGCUAAUGCAGUCUAUUCGUGUUCCUCUGUACGGUUGUACUGUGAUUGUCUUCAUCAUUUUGUGUCAUUCUUAAUUUCUCCUCUUGGUCGAUAAAUAACAAAUACACAAUUUUUUGCUUCAUUUCUCUUUUCUUUUUUUCAACUUUCGUAUUUGCUAUUUUAUUACGAUCCCCAUUAACUGUUGUGAAAGCAGCAGCUACUCUUCCUGGAGUCAACUUUCUCCAGGCAGACGAUGUUUGUGCCUUGUUGACAUCGGCUAGGCCACCUUCAGCCCUGCCCGGUUGCUAUAAACCCAACGUCAUCAUUAUGCCGUCCGCUGUUGGUCCCCCCCCCAGCCUCUCAACCAGCUGGACGCCCCUGUCCAGCAGCAGUCUGGACAACCAGGCCAAUAACAUGCACUGCAUUCCCUGAGCUAUCUGCUCUCCUAGGACCAUCUUUUUAGUCCUGUCAGCUUUAAACCAAUUCCGACCAGUUAAUGGAAGCCGAUUCUCAACCGUACUUUCAAUUCUAUUCAAGUUAUUACAACAUUAUUGACCACCAUUGGAAUGCAUUCUCUUUUAGAAAGUAGAUUCUUGUUCAUUCACCAUUUCCCCCUCUUGAACUGCAGAUCCAGAAAGGUCAACCAUCGAAGGAGAAUCUCAUUCAUUCCAAUGAACGGAUGGUGUUCCACGGUUUACCGUUUGUAAAAGCCAUCAUCCACAAGGGUUUCGAUGAAGGGCACACUUACAUAGGAGGGCAUGUUUGGAGCAGGCAAUCUACCUUACGGAGAACUCGUCGAAGAGUGAACCAGUACGUCUACGGAAUAGGAGAAGGCACAGGCUGCCCUCUGCACAAAGACGAGUCCUGCUACGUGUGCCGAAGGCACCUGCUUUUCAGUGCCAUAAAGUUGGCCCACUCCCCUCCAGGACACCACUCUGUCACGGGGAGGCCCAGUGUCAACGGACUGGCACUGUCAGAGUAUGUCAUCUACAGAGGAGAGCAGGCCUGUCAAGAGUUUUUGAUCACCUAUCAGAUGCCUCUGCGGCUGGAUAACAGUGGUACCGAGGAGGGAAGCACAGCAGUUGAAUUGUAAAGUAGAACCUCUUAGCCUGUUUCUGUUAUGUUCGGUGCAGCAACAGCUUUACUAAAUGCAUGUACAAACAAUGGUACCCUAUCCAUUCUUACAAAGACUGUAUCCAUUCUUACAAAGACUGUAUCCGUUCUAACAAAGACUGUAUCCAUGCUAACAAAGACUAUGUAGGUCAACUACAACUAGUUCAAGUCUAUCACUGUAAUUAAAGAAAAGUACAGUGCCUUGCAAAA